CCACAGGUUCUCCAAAGUUCUAUUUCGUUUUUAGGGUUUAAGGGAAGCAAAAGGCCAACACUUCUCCUUCUGCAACAAGCCAUGGCUCCAGAUGCUUCGGAUGCUCUUGCAGUGAGGCAGAAAGUUCAACAGUUUCUGAAUGCCGCUGUUACCGGAAAUCUCGACUUCUUGAAGAGUGUAGCAGCACAAUUGGAUGAUGGAAAAGGACUAUCAAACACGGUGGCAGAUAUUAAGGAUGCAAAUAAACGUGGAGCUCUUCAUUUUGCUGCAAGAGAAGGGCAGACUGAAGUCUGCAAGUACUUGUUGGAAGAAUUGAAGCUUGAUGUCAAUACUAAAGAUGAGGAUGGUGAGACCCCUCUUAUUCAUGCUGCAAGACAAGGGCAUACCUCCACUGCCAAAUACCUGAUUGAACAUGGUGCUAAUCCUGCACUAUCAAGUGAAUUAGGAGCUACAGCUCUACAUCAUGUUGCUGGAAUAGGAAAUAUUGAGUUAAUGGAGGCUUUGCUAUCCAUUGGUGUUGAAGUUGAUUCACAAAGUGAUGCUGGAACACCUCUUGUUUGGGCUGCUGGUCAUGGGCAACAAGAUGCUUUAAAACUCCUACUAAAACACAAGGCUAAUCCUAAUAUUGAAACUGAUGAUGGCAUUACUCCUCUGCUGUCAGCUGUAGCUGCAGGCUCACUUCCAUGUUUAGAGCUACUAAUUCAGGGAGGUGCUAGAGUAAACAUUACUGCUGGUGGAGCAACCCCAUUGCACAUUGCUGCUGAUAGUGGCAACUCAGAAAUAAUCACAUGUUUGUUAAAAUCUGGAGCUGAUCCCAAUGUCACUGAUGAGGACGGUUUAAAACCAGUACAAGUUGCAGCUGCAAGAGGUAAUCGUGAUGCUGUUGAGGUGCUUCUUCCUUUAUCAUCUCAUGUAAAAACUGUUCCAGAUUGGAGUGUUGAUGGUAUAAUCCAACAUAUGCAAUCUGAAGUUGCUAAGGAACAACAGGAAGCCGAAAGAAAUACAAGAAAUGGUAACUUGUCAAAUGAUGCUACAGUUUCAACGAAAGAAAUUCCUGAGGUGACAAUGGAGGCGAAGAAGAAAGCGGCUGAAGCGAAAGCAAGAGCUGAUGAUGCUUACAGACGAAAAGACUAUUUAAUGGCUGUGGAUGCUUAUACUCAAGCUAUUGAUUUUGACCCGAGUGAUGCUACAUUGUUUUCAAACCGGAGUCUUUGUUGGAUAAGACUUGGGCAAGCUGAUCAGGCAUUUACAGAUGCACAAGCGUGUAGGGGGAUUGAGACCUAAUUGGGCUAAAGCUUGGUAUCGAGAGGGUGCAGCUUUGCGUUUGAUGCAGAAGUUUGAUGAAGCAGCAAAUGCAUUUUAUGAGGGAGUUAAGGUUGACCCUGAAAACAAGGAGCUUGUUCAAGCUUUCAGGGAAGCAGUUGAAGCUGGAAGAGAAUUUCAUGGUACAAACAAGGAAAAGUAAUUUUGGGUGCAUUGAAAUUGUUUGGCUUGUGUUGUAAGUUAGUUAUAAAAAGGGAU